AUGGAGAAAACCUCCUCAUUCCCCCAAAAUCCCAACACACACCUCCUCCACAACUCGCCCUCCCUCCCCCCAUCCUCACGAGGCGCGAAAACCCUCCACAACGCCUCCCUCCCAUCCUCCCCGCCGCCCACUAACCUCCAAUACGCGAUCCCAAGCGCAACAACAUGCGCGAUCCUGGCGUGGACAUACUCCGCCGCGCCCAGCGCCCACACAAGCACCACAACAGCCGCGACCGUCGUCCCCUUCAUGUCCCUCCCAGCCCCCGUCCCCGUCCUCGACCGAACCCUCCUCACCAACUCACCCCCCGCUCCCAACCCCCCCAAAUCCCCCACAACCUUCCACCACCACCCCGUCGACCACCUCCCCAUCUCGAACUCCUCCCUCAGAAACACCUCCGGACUCCCCGCCGCGAGCUUCAGCAUCCCGAUCGGCCCCCCGAACCCGCCCACCACGCUCCCUGGCCAGAACGUCCGACGGACGUGGUUCGUCAGGAUCGCGAACAGCACGAUCCCGAAACCCCUCGCGUACGCCCCUGAGCCUCCGAGGAAGGUGGUGAGAGCAUGGUACUGCGGAUCCCAGCUCGCUCCGGGCGGUACGUAUCGAGAUGCGGAGUCUGAGAGGGCGCGCGGAAGGAAGAGGGUGGCGAGGAGGGAUAGCUGGGCGAGGAGGCUGAACGCUGCGGGCGGUAUGAGCGCGAACGGGCUCGGAGGGUCAUUUUCCUUCCUCUUCGAUGCCGCGGCGACGUCAGAUGCGUCCUUGGAACUGGCGGGCUGA